UCUCAAAUCUUGACCCUGAGCUGACACCAACACAGCAGAAACGGGAAGGAAGUGAGUCUUGUCAGUAUUUGCCUUCAAAUAAAAAUUUCUCACAGAAGUGGAAGCAAUGAAUGGCCAUGUUCCUGAACGUGAAUGUCAGGCUAUUGAAUUACAAGGUGGGAGAGACCUUGAGGAGGAAAAUGAGGCAGACCAUAAUAAACCUCUUAAUCCUGAAGCAUCCAUGACAAAAAAGGAGAGAGCCUACUACUGGAGGUCUUGUGGAGACACAAUUUUUUGGAAAUGUAAACUGUGGAUGGUUAUAUCUUCAGUUUUUCUAGCGCUCCUUCUAGUGAUUAUUAUCAGCUUAAUUCUUUAUUCAGAGGUUUACAUAGAUGAAGAUGAAUAUUGGGAUCCUGAAUCCGUAUCAAGUGGAAAUUAUCGUAAUUUUUCUGGAAGACUACAAAUAAAGUGUGCUGCUCAAUCAAAUUAUUCUGAAGAUCUUACUAAGAGGCUAAUAGAUGUCUACAGUUCAUCUGAAGCCCUGGGGCGCUAUUUUAUCACUGCUCAAGUGGAUUCCUUCAGUUAUGAAAAUGCCACUGCAUUCUACCAGCUUGUAUUCUCCUUGCCACCAGUGGCUGAUGAGUUCAUGAAGUACACGAUGAGUGAAGAGUUUGUGAUGAAUGUCUUGCGACAAAAUAUUUAUGAUCAGGAAGAUACUUAUGAUCAGGAAUCACCUGAAUGUACUAAGAUAAGGCUUGAUCCAGCUUCUCUCACACUAACUUAGUAACAGCGGAAAGACUCCUAGUUUACCACAGCCACUUGAGGACAUGUGUUUCCUGUAUAUAUUAACAUCCUGAGGAAUGAGAAUUAAUUUCAUUAUUGUGAAAGGUUUCUGAAGAAUAUGGCUGUAUUGUGAACACUUUACACAAUGCAGUAAUGUAUGUAGCAUAUGCAAUAUAUUUAUCACAGCUAUUUACGCUUUGAAUACAACCAUCUCCUUCACUGCUGUCCUGACACUCACUCCACCCUUGUCCAAUCCACUUGAAGCUUUGUUGCCAAAAAUCAUGUAACUUGCCUGAUGCUGAGCACGUUAAUCUGCUUUUGCAGCACCUUCACUGGUUUUAUAUUGCCUUUUUAAUAGAAUCCAGAACUUGUUCUUUCCUUCAAGCCCCUCCAUAAGCUAGCUCCUUUCUAACACUCCACUCUUCUCACUCUACUGCCAGUCACAUUUUCCUCUUUGCUCAUGCCAAGUUGUCCAUGCAGUUGUCCCUUGAACUUUGUUUCCCACACUCACCUCCAGGCUUCUCUCAUGCUGACUGCAUCCACCAUACUUCAUCCCUCAACCUGAAAUCCCUCUCCAAACUCAUUUCUUGCAAACUGUACAUGCUUAAAUACUUCACUGUUUUCCUGAUUUUUUUUAAAUGACUUUCAAACUCUUCCAGAGACCUCUGUCAUGUUGCUCUCUUGCUCAUCCUUCCCUUUUCUCUCCCUCCCUGUGGAGAUGUCUGCUCCUGUUUCUUGCCUUAAUUUAGAUUGAUUGUAAGCUCUUAUGGAGCAGUGACUUCAUCUUUAUUGGUACAGUGAAGUGCCAUGUACAUUUAUGAUGCUCUACUAUUGUUCCAUGGCCUGGCCCUGCAAACACUUAGACACAAGUAUUUCCAUUCCAUUCAGUGGGAUUAUUGAUAUGAGUAAAGUGAAUUUAGGACUGCCGUACCCCAAAGGUAUAUAGGAUAAAUGUGCUCCUCAGUGACAUGUUCCAGUAUGCAGUGUUCUAAGAAUUGCUCUGGGCUCAAUAUAGCUGUUUACUUGCUAACUUAAUAGAAUUUGUCCAUAAUAUGUGUGUCAAAUGGCAAAUAUUUGACACAACUAUAACUUGUUUUUUUAAAAGCACUUCUUUGAGUCCAUAUCCUGAUUGUCUGCAGGGCUCAGAAAAUACUCACCAUCACACCAUAUACAGAUAGGAUAUAUGACCAGAGAUGAUUUUUUUUUGGCCUUUUGAAUGAUCAAAUACUAGUCACAGUUGUAGGCAAAACACCUGACUAAAUUGGUCAGUAGUAACAUCAGGCAAAUUCUUUGUUUCUAAGCAUGUCACAUCAGAAAGUCAACAUGUGAUCAUGUAACGACAGUAAUACUGCAUUUGCACAUGGUGGAAAAAUUAAGGCGAAACUGAACUAUGAAUUUUGUGACUCGUGGGCUGAAGAGAGAACUUCAACAUUAUACUAUGGAAGUGCAACUUCCUGCAGUGAAUUAUUCUGAGUUUUGAAGUUCAAAGGUUUAUACUGAAAUGUGAAUUUUAAUAUAUUUUUACAGGAAGAUUUAUCUUUAUCAUCACUUUUUAAAAAAUUUGGCAUCUAUUUUUAGAAAAUGACUAAUCUGUAUCUGAUGUAUUAAAUUAUUU